UUCUGCUUUUUGUUUUGUAGAUACAAGUCUAAUUCUGCUCAGCUGCUCGUUGAGGCUCGAGUUCAGCCCAGUCCCUCGAAACAUGUUCCCACGGCCCACCCCCCUCACCACUGCGCAGUGUGUAUGCAGUUUGUGCGGAAGGAAAACCUACUUUCUCUGGCCUGUCAGCACCAGUUCUGCCGUAGCUGCUGGGAGCAGCACUGCUCAGUACUUGUCAAGGAUGGCGUGGGUGUGGGAGUCUCUUGCAUGGCUCAGGACUGCCCACUCCGAACACCAGAGGACUUCGUGUUUCCAUUGCUGCCCAAUGAAGAAUUGAGAGACAAAUACAGGCGCUACCUCUUUAGGGACUAUGUGGAGAGUCACUACCAGCUCCAGCUGUGCCCUGGUGCAGACUGCCCCAUGGUUAUUCGGGUACAGGAGCCUAGAGCUCGCCGAGUACAGUGCAAUCGGUGCAACGAGGUGUUCUGUUUCAAGUGUCGUCAGAUGUAUCACGCCCCCACAGACUGCGCCACAAUCCGGAAAUGGCUCACGAAGUGUGCAGACGACUCUGAAACAGCCAACUACAUUAGUGCUCACACUAAAGACUGUCCCAAGUGCAACAUCUGCAUUGAGAAGAACGGAGGCUGCAAUCACAUGCAAUGCUCCAAGUGUAAACACGACUUCUGCUGGAUGUGUCUAGGAGAUUGGAAGACCCAUGGCAGCGAGUACUAUGAGUGCAGUCGGUACAAGGAGAACCCCGACAUUGUCAACCAGAGCCAACAAGCGCAGGCCAGGGAGGCCCUCAAGAAGUACUUGUUCUACUUUGAGAGGUGGGAAAACCACAACAAGAGCUUGCAGCUGGAGGCACAGACCUAUCAGCGGAUUCAUGAAAAGAUUCAGGAGAGAGUCAUGAAUAAUCUGGGGACGUGGAUCGACUGGCAGUACCUACAGAAUGCUGCCAAGCUCUUGGCCAAGUGCCGAUACACCCUGCAGUACACUUACCCGUAUGCCUACUACAUGGAGUCUGGACCCAGGAAGAAGCUGUUUGAAUACCAGCAGGCUCAGCUGGAGGCUGAGAUCGAAAACCUGUCAUGGAAAGUGGAGCGUGCAGACAGCUAUGACAGAGGGGAUUUAGAGAACCAGAUGCACAUAGCAGAGCAGCGGAGGAGAACCCUGCUGAAGGAUUUCCAUGACACCUAGAUUGGGACACGGACGCACUGGAGUGAGGACGAUGUGGCUGCGAGGCCUCCCGGCUGCCGAACUGCAUGCUGCAGGCUCUGCCUUUCACCACCUCAGGCAACAGCCAGGGCCCCACUCCUGACAGACACUGGCCACGCACCUGUUAGUCCAUUUCUGUUUUCUUCUCAUCUUUUUGCUUUUUGUUUCUACCAGGGUAGAGGCCAUGUUGAAUUGGCCUCUUUUCAGGACUUUUAAUUCCCCCUGGAUGGUUGUUGGGAGGGAGGGAGAGUUUUUUCUGAAUGACUAUUAAUAGUAUUAGAUCAUUACAACUUAUGUAAUUUUCAAAGGUUGUAUAAUUAUAAAAAAAAAAAAAGGGCAAACCAUAGAAUUACACAGAACCCUUUUUAAAAAUAAAUUGGCAUUGGAGUGUUUUACCCUCUAGCUAUUUUACUUAGAAUGUAACAUAUGCUGCCUGCCCAUCCUGCCUCAGAAUGUCUCCUGCAAGAGGAUUCCAGGGUGGUCUCUGUUUUCCAGAUUCUCAUGGGUUUGGCCACAGCUGGUGUCUCGGGAAGAGUGUGGGUGGUGGACGGUGGGGAAUUGAGUUGGCCUGUGUAACGGGCAUGGAGCACUGGCAGUCACAUCAUGCCUCCUGCCUGGUCCUUGGGGGACCCUUCUGUGGUCGGGUGCACCUGCCUUACCUUGCAGGGAGGAGAUAAUACAGAAAGGGGCCUUGUCACAGGGUGUUAUUGUCUCCGAUGGCACUGUGUGUCUGUGGGCUAAUCUUUCUUCCAGGUUUACCCGGGUCUGGCCACUGAGGCCAGAGCCCACAGCAGAGCAUAGGUGGGCUUGUGGCCCUCCAGACCAGGGGACAUGAGUUCAGCACAGUGUUUCCUUUUGUCUCCUAAAGAUAGAGAUCUACUUUUAAAGGGAAUUAUUCCCCAGAAUAAAUUUGUUUUACCUUGGUCCUUCUUUUGUGCCAGUGUUCCAGUAAUGUAACUAACCAGGUUCACACACGGCUGUCCAUACCUGACACUGUCCUGCUGCACUGUCUCUGGUGAACUUCAGGGUCAGAGUUGAGUGUGGCCCUCCCAAGGGCACAGGUCUUCCGGACUCAGGGGCCAUCUUUGCACAAGUGGUUUUCAUGUUAUCAGGAGUGUGUUUUCCUCCUCCAGAGUGGCUGCUCUGGGGUCUGGAAGUUUGAGGCCAGGAGGGUCCUGGGUUUGCGGUUCCAGCUACUAUUCUAGAAGGGCUGGCCAGGGGAGAGGGCCAGCUUUUGCACAGUUGAGUGCAAAGGAACAGGUGGUUGGUGUGGUGUCCUGCCUGUCCUGAACCUGGUCCUGUGUGCCUUUUAAAAGUUACAUCUGUGAUUCCUGGGGUUUUGUGGCUUUGUUCACUGCCUCCACUCUGAGGCUGGCAGAGCUGUCUAUACUCAACAGGGCCUCCUUCACCUCCUGGAAGAGUUGCUUGGGAGAUCUGUGAAUAUUACGGUGGAAGUUCUUUGAUACUCAGACAUUCUCACCUCAGUCAGCAAUUUCCCAGGGACCAUGUUAGCUGUAAACUGAAUCACUCUUGAAGUCAGAGGACAGCUGUGAUUCUUGGCAUCAUGGGAUACACGGCUGGCUGCAGGCUCCCUGUCUCCCCUUAGCCCCAACCCAGGCUUUGUCUCUCCCUGUCAUCUGCAAGGGAGGGACUGUGGGGUGGAGUGGGAGAACAAGUUAGGAGUGCAGCACAUGAGCCCAGAAUUGAACGGCGGGGAGCUCACUGAAGGAGGAGCCUGCCUGCUGCAGGACCUAGGGGUCUGUGUCAAUGCUGCAUUGACGCAUGGAAGAUCCCGGCGUCUGGAGCCCUUACCUCUCCGUUAGUCCUUUCCGUGUCACUGCCAUGGCAGGGGCGCUGCAGUUCUGCGCCUUAAGUCACACCCUGGGCAUCCUGGGCAGUUCUUGGACUGCACAGCUACCACGUGGUGCACUUGUACCCAGCUGUGGCCCCAACCACUGGAGUUGCAGGAGUUUCUGUGCCCCCAGGGGCUGUCCUUUGGUAACAUCAUCAGGAAGAUGGGAAAGGUCAGGUAGAAUUGUUCUGCCCUACAAAGGAUAGAAGAUAACGGAAGGCACAGUGUUUUCAUGAAUUUACCAUAAUAUCUUUGUUUUCUUCAAAGAAAAAGUUGAGGCAACAUCCUCUGCUCAAUGUUGAGUGUUUUAUUCAAAAUAAACAAAGUUUCUGAUUAUAAA